AUGACAUCCGAAGUGAACGAAUGGUACCGGGGGCGCAAGGUCCUGGUGACCGGCGCCUCGGGUCUGAUGGGCAAGGUCCUGAUCGAGAAGCUUCUGUACAGCGUGCCAGAUGUCGCCUGCGUCUACGCUGUCAUCCGCUCCAAGAGGGGGAAGUCGCCAGAAUCAAGAAUUGAGGACAUGUGGAAACUCCCUUUGUUCGCGAGAAUAAGAGAAGAGAAACCACAUGUUAUGAAGAAACUGGUUCCCGUGACUGGUGACAUACUUUAUGAUGACCUUGGCAUAGAGAAAAACCAACUCCAGCAGAUAUGUGAUGAGGUGUCGGUAAUUUUUCACUUCGCAGCCAGUCUCAGGUUAGAAGCGCCCCUCAAAGAAGGUCUAGAAAUGAACACGAAGGGUACCCUCAGAGUGCUGGAUCUGGCGAAACGGCUAAAAAAACUGGCUGCAUUCAUACACCUCUCCACAGCUUUCUGCUACCCGGACUACGAGAGAAUGGCAGAAAGGGUACACGAUCCGCCUGCAGACCCACAUGAAGUCUUGAGAGCUGCCAGCUGGUUGUCAGACGAGCAGAUCAACUUAUUGGCACCUUCGAUUCUGCAGAAGCACCCGAACUCGUACACAUACUCCAAAAGGCUGGCCGAAGCGUUGGUCAGGGAAAACUACCCUAAUCUGCCUGCGGCUGUCGUCAGACCAAGUAUUGUAACUCCAGCGUACAAGGAGCCAGUGCCAGGCUGGGUGGACAACCUGAACGGCCCCAUCGGCCUCAUGGUGGGCGCCGGAAAAGGCGUCAUCAGGUCCAUGCACUGCUACGGCCAUUACCACGCCGAGGUCAUUCCAGUCGACAUCGCCAUCAAUAGCAUCAUAGUCAUUGCUCACAAAAUUGGAACCAUGACUGAACGACCACCAGAGAUCCCAGUCUACAACCUGACCACAGGAGACGACAGGAACACGACCUGGAAGCAAGUCCUCGACAUCGGCAAAGCUACCGUCCGCAAGUACCCCUUCGAAGGACCUUUAUGGUACCCUGAUGGGAACAUCAGGCACAACAAGUUCUUUCACAACCUCUGCGUGUUCUUCUACCAUAUAAUACCAGCUUAUCUUAUCGACUUCUUGAUGCUGAUCUUCGGUCAGAAGAGAUUCAUGGUGCGAAUCCAGAAUCGAAUAACAGUGGGCUUAGAAGUCCUCCAAUACUUCACCACGAGGGAAUGGUGGUUCGACACGAAUAACUUCAAGUCUUUAGCGCCUUCUCUAAACCAUGUGGACUUCAAAACGUUUCCCAUGGACCUGACCAUCAUCCAGGAUGAGCCGUACAUAGAGGACUGCAUGAUUGGCGGCAAGCUAUACUGCUUGAAGGAAAAGCUGGAAAAUCUGCCGAAAGCACGAUUACAGAAUAAUAUUUUAUACGUUUUGGACCGCAUCGUAUCCAUCUUCUGGUACCUUUUGAUGCUGUACUGGAUCGUGCUGUACUGCGAGCCGGUCAGACAGCUGCUGUCCUACGGAGGACCGUUCGUUCGAUACCUGCCCUUGGUCGGGAAAGCCGUCUUCAGAGACGAAUUAUAAUGUUCGAAUGUUGAUUUUCGAUGUAUUUUGAUGGGAGAUAUUUGGAAUUCUGCGUUGGGCAAUUGACAUUUUACAAAAAGCU